AUGAAAAGCCGCGUUCGUUCUGUGCGUGCAAAGAUGGCAGCUCCUCCCGCUGACACCGUCGAACAACACAUCGCAAACUUAAACAACCUGACUCUGAACCAGUGCAGCGCACUUGUGAAGAGUACGGAAGCGGAAAUUCAAAACAUAUCAAACCAUCUAUCUCAACUGCGAGUGGCCGCAGCUCGCCUCGCUGAGUGUCGCGACGCGCUCACGCAGCUGGAUUCCCACAUAGAAAAGCAAAAAGGGGAACCAUCCGAAAUUCUCGUGCCUCUGACUAGUUCUCUCUACGCGAAGGGCCGACUACAGUGCGACGAUAAGGUUCUAGUCGAUAUCGGUGCAGGAUACAUGCUCCAAAAAACAUGCAAAGAUGCCAAGAAAGACGGAGAAAGGACGUUGAAUCUUGUAACAGAGCAGCAUAGAAAGCUAGAAAGGAUGCUAAGUGAGAAGCAGAAACAGUUCGAGGUGCUUGUGGCGACGGCGAACAGGAAGUUAGCCGGAAGGCAAGCAGCGGCUACGGCGCCGGCUACUGCUGAUCAGCGCACUACAGCAUGA